AUGUCGGAAGCAAGCACUUCGUUUGCCGUGCUGUCAACAUCAGAUUCCAAACAAUUGAACCAAACUGCCCUCUGUGAAAUCAACAAGAACUUUCAGAGUAAGUUUAUCCCAGUAAUUUACAUCAUUGCGUUUGCGGUGGGAUUCUCCGCGAAUUGCUCGGUGUUGAUCUCUUUGUGCUUGAAAUGGAGAAAAUGGACUAGCUUGGACAUGUUCGUGUUUAAUCUGGGCCUGGCUGAUCUCCUGUAUGUCAUUAGCUUGCCCUUCCUGGUGGUGUACUAUGCCACCGAAAGCCAUUGGAUGUUUGGGAAAGCGUUUUGCAGAAUAACGAGGCUCCUGUUCCACCUGAACUUGUAUGGCAGCAUCGGAUUCCUCACCUGUAUCAGUGUGCAGCGGUACCUGGGCAUAGUGCACCCCAUGAAAGUGUUGGGCAGAUGGAAUCGCCGCCACUCGCUGCUCAUCAGCCUCCUGGUCUGGGGGCUGGUUCUAACCCAAACCUCAGCCGAUCUACAUUUCACCAAGACGAACCUCAAUGGCACCAAAUGUUACGACACUACCGUGAACGAGGAACUCACAGACUACCUCCUGUACGUGCAGAUUAUUACUGUCACUGGAUUUUGCAUCCCUCUCCUCACCAUUAUAGCAUGUUACUGUCAAAUCGCUGUAGUUCUCAGCAGAAAUAACAAUCUGGACAACACUUUGAAGGAACGAUCCAGGAACCUUGCGAUCGUUAUAAUGGUUUUAUUUUCCAUCUGUUUUACACCUUAUCAUGUUUUGCGUUAUGUUAAUUUAAGUUCCAGAUAUUUUCAAUUGAAAGGUCUUUGUGCGCGGAAUACCGGCGCCGUUUAUUUGCUUUACCAGAUUGCCAGAGGUCUGGCCAGUUUAAACAGCUGCAUUGACCCUCUGGUUUAUAUUGUAGCCAGAGAUGACAUGGUAGCUAAAGUGAAAAUAUUCAAGAACAAGCUACAUCUGCCAUUCAUUUCAUCUAAAUCAACUAAUUGUAGAAUUCCUCAAAGGAUUUUAACUACAGACAAAAUGAUCAUUAGGAAGGAGACAACCUUGUAA